AUGGGCUGCAAUCUGUGCACUUUUCAGAAGAGAGAGGAGCACUACAAACUGCUCUAUGAAGUUUCACAGGUCAAUGGGAAGGACCUCUCCAAGGCCACUCAUGAAGAAGCAGUGGAAGCUUUUCGCAAUGCCAAGGAGCCAAUUGUAGUUCAGGUUUUACGACGAGCCCCAAUUAGCAAAGCUCAAGGUAGCUCUCAGGAUGUUCGGCUUGUGGAUGCCAGUACUCAGACUGACAUAACUUUCGAGCACAUUAUGGCUCUGGCCAAACUAAGGCCCUCCACACCACCAGUUCCUGAUAUCUGCCCUUUUCUGCUUUCAGACAGCUGCCAUUCUCUUCAUCCAGUGGAGCAUGAAUUUUAUGAAGGUAAUGAGUAUCUUUCCAGCUUGCCUGCUGAUGCAGAUAGAGCAGAGGACUUUGAGUAUGAGGAGGUGGAGCUGUGCCGCGUUAGCAGCCAGGAGAAGCUGGGGCUGACUGUCUGCUACAGAACUGAUGAUGAGGAGGAUACAGGGAUCUAUGUCAGCGAGGUUGAUCCAAACAGCAUUGCUGCCAGAGAUGGCCGGAUCCGUGAAGGAGACCGCAUUUUGCAAAUAAAUGGCCAAGAUGUCCAGAAUCGGGAGGAGGCAGUAGCAUUGCUCUCCAGCGAAGAAUGCAAGAAAAUUGUGUUGCUGGUCGCAAGACCGGAGAUGCAGCUGGAGGAAGGCUGGCUGGAUGAUGAAAGGAAUGAAUUCUUAGAGGAGUUAAACUUGGAAAUGUUGGAAGAGCAGCAUAAUGAAGCGAUGCAGCACACAGCCAACGAGGUGGAGCAGCCAAAGAAACAUGAAGAGGAGGAUGGCACUACAGACACAGCAACCUCAUCAUCCAACAACCAUGAGAAGGACAGUGGGGUGGGACCUACAGAUGAAAGUCUGCGCAAUGACGAGAGCUCUGAGCAAGAAAAUGCACCCGAGGAGCAGAGCAGCGGUACCCUGCAGAGCAAACGGGAGCUGGGCCACAGCCAAGAUACGUUAGGAAGUGUUGAGCUCCAGUGCAACGAAAGCUUUGUGUCUGGGGAAUACAUUGAAUCUGAUUUCAUCGGAAACCCAGAGGAGGAAUGUGAAAGAUUUCGGCAGCUCUUGGAACUGAAGUGCAAGAUCCGAAACCAUGGGGAGUAUGACCUGUACUAUUCGAGCAGCAUGAUAGAGUGCAACAGAAGAGAGCAAGAUGGAGUGGAGCAUGAGCUGCAGCUACUCAAUGAGGAACUGAGGAACAUUGAACUUGAAUGUCAGAAUAUUAUGCAAGCUCACCGGCUUCAAAAGGUGAGGGAUCAGUACGGAGACAUUUGGGCAUUACAUGACGAAGGAUUCAGGAAUUACAACACCAGCAUAGAUGUACAAAGAGGCAAACUGGAUGACAUCAUAGAGCACCCUGAGAAGUCUGACAAGGACAGCUCCAGUGCCUAUAACACGGCCGAAAGUUGCAGGAGCACUCCGCUGACAGUGGAGCGAUCCCCUGAUAACUCUCUCCAGAGGAUGAUCAGCAUAACCAACAGAAAAAACCUGAGAAGCACAAUCGUGGCUAAUCAGUCAUCCUCAGGACAAAGCAACAGGGAGACAACUUCAGCCAAAACCAAACCCGCCGAGCAAAACGGCGCUGCUGAGAACGCAGUGCUGGCAUCAGAAAGCAGCAAAUUCACAGACCAAGAAAAGCAGAGCAGCGAGCACAUUCCCUACCUGUCUCCAUAUCACAGCUCUUCUUACAGGUACGGGAAUAUACCUGCUCAUGCAAAGCAUUAUCAAAGCUACAUGCAGCUGAUCCAGCAGAAGUCUGCUGUGGAGUAUGCCCAAAGCCAGCUCAGCCUGGUGAGCAUGUGCAAAGAUUCACAGAAGUGUCCGGAGCCCAAGAUGGAAUGGAAAGUGAAAAUAAGGAGUGAUGGGACGAGAUACAUCACAAAGAGACCAGUUCGAGACAGAAUCCUGAAGGAACGUGCCUUAAAAAUUAAAGAGGAGCGCAGUGGGAUGACGACAGAUGAUGAUACAAUGAGUGAGAUGAAGAUGGGUCGCUACUGGAGCAAAGAAGAGCGGAAGCAGCAUUUGGUGCGAGCUAAGGAGCAGAGGAGGCGGCGAGAGUUCAUGAUGAGGAGCAGGCUGGAGUGCCUGAAGGAAAGUCCACAGAGUGGCAGCGAGGGCAAAAAGGAAAUUAACAUUAUUGAACUGAGUCACAAAAAGAUGAUGAAAAAGAGGAACAAGAAAAUCUUGGACAACUGGAUGACAAUCCAAGAACUGAUGACACAUGGUGCUAAAUCUCCAGAUGGCACAAGAGUGCACAAUGCCUUUUUAUCAGUUACUACUGUAUGAAUGCAACUUCUUUCAGAGUAUACUACCAGUUUAGGUAGAGUACGAUUGCCUCGUUCAAUGUGGCAUUUUUAUAUAUUUUGUGACUGUUUACAGUUUGACCUUUUUUGUAAGCAAAAUUACCUGGUAAUUUUUCAUUUGUUUUUCAUAUAACAGUACCUUCUUUAUCUGGCAGUCUUUCUUUAUCCUGCAAUAUAUUCAUAUUAUUCAUUUGUAGGAAAAAAAAAAGAAAAAGAAAAGCAAAACAAAAAAAGUGGAGAAGCCAAUUAAUUUCUUAACCUAAUACAUAUCCUGUAAGUUAAGAUCUGGAUUUAUUUCUCUAGUUUUCUUUUUUCUACUUUAGUAACAAUACAAUACCAAAACAAAAUGCUUUAUACUGUAUCUUUGGCUUAACAAGUUUUAAAGUUUUACAUCUUAGAUUGCAUCUGUUUAUAAAUCAUAUGCCACAUCACAUCAUAUAGAUAAGAAUGACAUUUUUCCAACUACACAUUGUACAGUGCUCUU